UAAUACGGACUAUUUUAAUGGCUAAUCUAAAAAAAAUCAAAAAGCCCAAUUUUCUAACGCGGACGAUUUUGAUCUGCUACUCCCUCAAACCUUCGUUUUGCAUCACAAGAGAAAAUGGGAGCAGUAACCUAAUUCUGAAAUCCAUGCUGGUAGGCUUCUAACAUACUUUCAAAUAUGCUUUCCUGGUCCUCAUUAAUCCUGAUCUAGACUCUGAGUUUCCUUUCGCAUAAGGUGUAGUCGCCAGGACCCCAAAGCUGAGUUGGUAGCCGGAGCUUCCAUCACCGAUUGCCGCCAGUUAUGAACGGUGCAGAUAGAACUUGGAUGAAAUUGCCUAGAAUCCAUCCUAAGUAUAAGGAUGGAGUGAAUGAAUUUCUUAAUUUAGCAUUUACAAGAGCGGCGGUUGAUGGUUGUAUAAACUGUCCAUGUAAGAAGUGUGUUUUUCGCGACUUGCAUAAUUGGGAAAAUGUUCAUAGUCAUUUGAUCUGCCAUGGUUUUGUUGAAGGCUACACUUUAUGGAAUUUCCAUGGAGAAGGUUUGCCUUCAAUGGAAACAGAACAGAGUAUGGACUGUGACAGCAAUGAUGAGGGCUUAAAUGACAUUGAUGAUAUAGAUAUGUUAUUGAAUGACACUUUUGGAAAUCUCAGAGAAGGAGAAGAGCAAAAUGCGGAAGCUAAUAAUUUUUUUAAGUUGAUGGAAGAGGGUAAGAAGGAAUUGUACCCAGGUUGCAAGAAUUUUUCAAAGCUCUCUUUCACUAUUCGUUUGUAUCUUUUCAAAUGUAUAAAUCGGGUGAGUAAUGUAGCAUUUUCAGAUUUAUUAGAACUUCUACAAGAGGUAAUGCCGGAGGCAAACCUUCCAAAAUCUUAUUAUGAAGCCAAAAAAACUAUCAAUAGUUUGGGCUUGGGUUACAAAAAGAUACAUGCUUGCCCAAAGGACUGCAUACUUUAUAGGAAAGAAUAUGAGAAUGCUGAAUCAUGUCAUGUUUGUGGUACUUCUAGAUGGAAAGAGUAUGACCAGAAGGAGAUAAAUGAGGGAAAUAGGAGUAUAAUUCCUGCAAAAGUCUUGAGACAUUUCCCUUUACAACCUAGGCUUCAAAGGAUUCUUAUGUGUUCUGAAACAGCAGAAGAAAUGACUUGGCAUGAAAGAAAACGUAAGAAUGAUGGAAAUCUGAGACAUCCGGCUGAUGGUCAAUGUUGGAAAGAUUUUGAUUCUAUGUUUGCUGAAUUUGCUAAAGAUCCACGUAAUGUAAGACUGGGUUUGGCAAGUGACGGAUUCAGUCCAUUUGGUACAAUGAGUGUUUCUCACAGUACAUGGCCAGUGGUACUUAUUAACUACAAUUUGCCACCUUGGAUGUGUCUUAAACCAGAAUACCUCAUUCUAUCAUUACUCAUACCAGGGCCUAAUUAUCCAGGAAUGGAUAUUGAUGUUUAUCUACAACCGUUAAUCGACGAGUUGAAGGAAUUGUGGCAAUAUGGAGUUGAAAACAUAUGACGCAUUUAGUAAACGAUACUUCAAUAUGCGUGCUGCUUUAUUAUGGACAGUCAACGAUUUUCCCGCUUAUGCUAUGCUAUCUGGUUGGAGUACACAAGGGAGACUUGCAUGCCCUUGUUGCCAUUAUGACACAUGCUCCCAAUAUUUAAAAUAUAGCAAGAAAACUUGUUAUCUGGGACAUCGUCGGUUUCUUGGUAAAGGUCAUCCAUGGAGAUUUGAUGAGAGGUCUUUUAACGGAAAAAUAGAGGAACGAAAUGCUCCUACUCCUUUAACUGGUAGUGAAGUUCUCCAGAAAUUAGGGGAUUAUACUAAUAACUUUGGGAAGAAAAAGAAGAAAAAAAGAAAGAAAAAUAACUGCCCAUGGAAGAAGAAAUCUAUAUUCUUUCAAUUGCCAUAUUGGGAGAAGAAUGCAUUGCGACAUAACCUAGAUGUAAUGCAUAUAGAGAAAAAUAUAUUUGAUAAUAUAAUCGGAACAUUGUUGGAUAUACAAGGAAAAACAAAAGAUCAUAUUCAUGCUCGGUUAGAUCUACAACACUUAGGCUUUAAGGAAGAGCUUCACCCUACUCUUUCUGAAGAUGGUCAAUAUUUCCUAUAUUCUAAGGCAUGUUUUUCUAUGAGCAGCGAAGAGAAAGAAGUUUUUUGUAAGGUGAUAAAGGAUGCAAAAUUACCUAAUGGUUGUGCUUCAAACAUAUCUCAUUGCGUGCAUGUAAAUGACAAGAAGAUUUCUGGAUACAAAACUCAUGAUGCACAUAUUAUUCUCCAUUAUCUUCUCCAGGUUGUUGUUAAGAAAGCACUACCAAAGCAAGUUGCAAUUCCAAUAAUAAAAUUGGGUGUCUUUUUUAAGACGAUUUGUAGUAAAGUUAUCAGAAUAGAAGACCUUCCUGGCCUGCAGUCCGAAAUUGUUGAAAUUCUUUGUCAGUUUGAAAAGAUAUUCCCACCUUCCUUUUUCGAUGUAAUGAUGCAUCUACCUGUCCAUUUAAUCAAUGAAAUUAGGUUAGGUGGCCCAGUUCACUACCGCUGGAUGUAUUGGAUGGAGCGAUAUUUAUGUAGAUUAAAGUCGUAUGUUAGAAAUAAAUAUCAUGUUGAAGCGUCUAUUGCAGAAGGAUAUAUUGUCGAAGAAUGUUUGAUUCACUGCUCAAGGUAUAUGCACGAUGGGGUGAAAACAAGACUAAGUAGAGGUCAGGAAGGGUACAGUGAUGGCAGCUCAAAUAAUUCUUGUAAUAUCUUUUCAAAUCAUGGUUACCCUAUUGGAGGGAAGUCCAAGGAAAAAGAAAAAUCAUUUACUCUAAGCCCUAAGACCCUUCAGAUAGCGCAUCGAUAUGCUCUCUUUAAUGCAAAUAAUGAGGAAGUUGACAAUUUCAUAAAGGAACAUCAAGACCUCAUAAGCAGGCAAAAUAAAAGGAGUAGAUGGGCAAAAGAAAAUGACCAUACCCAUGGAUUUGCAUUUUGGUUCAAAACCAAAGUUCAAUCAAAACUGGUUUCAGAUCAUAUUUUUUGGCUAGCAAAUGGACCAAGUUCUGUAUGCAAAAGGUACUAUGGAUAUUUUGUUAAUGGUUACAAGUUUUCUACACGAGCAAGAGAUGGGAAAUACAAGACCCAAAAUAGUGGAGUUACCGUUACAGCUUCUACUCCUAGUUUUGCAAGUUCUAAGGAUCAAAAUCCAGUAUUAGGAGAUGUCACCUAUUAUGGAGCACUUAGAGAUAUUAUUGAGUUAAGUUAUCAUAACCAAGGUAAUGUUGUUCUCUUUAAGUGUGACUGGUUUGAGGAGGAGAAAGAUGAUUUUGGAUUGAUCCGUGUUAAUUUUAAGAAAUUAUGUUAUGUUAAUGAUCCAUUUGUGUUCCCAUCACAAGUUCAUCAAGUUUUCUAUGUCAAAGAUCCUAUUGAAGAUGGACGUCACUAUGUGAUGAAAAGAGUUCCACGAGAUCUUUUUGAAAUGGACGAAGAAGAUGCUAAUGAGGGUUAUUGGAACGAGUAUGAUGAUAUUGGUUUUAGUGUUGACCACAUAGUAAAUGAUGAAGGAAGUUUUAGUUCUAUAAGAACUGAUCUGCCUAAAAGCACGGUGGGAGUGAACAUUGAUGUUUUAGUUGCAAAAUCUGUGGGCAAAGAAGAUGUUGUGAAUAACAAUAUUAGUAGUGACAGGACUAAUGAAAGAGAAACAAGGUCCUAAAUCAAAUGCUCUCCUUACAGAGUAUGAGAAACAAAGGUUGUCCAGGAUUGAAAGUAAUCUACGCAUAAUGAAGGGAAAGGGAGUUGAUAAUGUAUUGAUACCUUUCAAUAUGUUAAAAUAAAGAAAUGAUGCAUCAACACUUGGUAAGGAAAAAAUUGCACAUCUGGAAGAUGUGGAUGAAGACUACUUCUCUUAUAAUCAAGAUUUUGUGCCUAAUCCUUACAAGGAAAUGAAAAGGAAUGAUUCCUCUUUGAGAAGUGGCACAAUGAAUCACAAUGAGAGGGAAGUUCCAAAAAGAAAGUGCAGGGAUCACUCCACUAAAAAAAGGUUACUGUGCAAGAGGAUGAUGUGGUUGAGAUUGAUAUGGUAAUAAUAUGAGCAUGCUAUAUUCUUGGAGCAGUAUACUUUUUCUGAUGACAACAGGUCAAGGUUAAGUUUAUUUGCAAUAUAUAAAAUCAGGAUGUAUCAAAGAUGGAUGUUGUCAGGAAGAAGGACCCAAUCAAUAAAAGUGGGAGGCCAGAUCGAGAAAGAAUAAAUGAUUGUUCUAAAAAAAGAAGAGGAUGGAACCUCUGAUGCCAAGCCAGCCUAUGUCUACUUUUGUGGAAAAAACAAAUAUGGUUAUUGACGAUUUUGAAGAAGAUGUGCAACUCAGCCGCAAGAGACAUGUGAAUGUGGUAAAUUACAGUAGUGUAAAUUAAUAUUGCAUGAAAUAUAUAUCUUUCAAAUUGUUAUUCUUUUUUUAAAGGCUACAAAAGAAGUCCACUCUAGUACAAACUGGGCAAUGAUAGAAAAUGAAAAUGAAGUUGAUCCAAUUCAAAGUGGAGAUGAAGAGAGUACUACAAAAGAUACAAGCCUAAAAAAGAAGCAUAGGGGGAAGACAAUGUUACACAAGGUCCAUAUACGAAAACCAGAUGAGCGCAAAGUCAUUACUCUCAAUGAGUAUAACCAACCAAUUGGACCGGAUGAGGCUACAUGCUCUGAGUUUUCUCAAUUUCUUGGAACCAUAGCUCGUAGUGCAUCACUAGCACCUCUGAACUAUGUCAGUUGGCCAAAAGUGCCAAACAAAGAGAGAAUGUGGCAAUAUGUUAACUCAAAGUACAUUAUUCCACCAGUAGGAAAAAAAUGGGUUAUAAGAUCAAUAAAUGAUAACUGGAGGACAUACAAAAGUCGUGUGAAGGAAGAACAUUUUGACAAAUAUGAAUCUAACUCAGAGAGAUGAAUUCAACGCCCAAAAGACGGUAUCACUGAAGAGCAGUUUAGAGAUCUUAUUCGUUUUUGGAACACUCCUCAAUCAAAGAACCGGUGCCUUCGAAAUAAGUGUAGUCGAUCAAAACAAACAGACAUGCCAACUACUGGACGUGUUUCAUUUGCGAGAUUGAAACACCAGUUGACAACUCAAAGUGAAAACAACAAGAUACCCACAGAAGUUCAAAUGUAUGAAGAGACACGUAAGAGAAAAGAUGGUCGAACCUACAAGACUUCAUUUGAUGAAACGAGUGUAAAACUUCAAGCAAUGAAAGAUAUUGAAUCUACACAAGGAAAUGAUGAGGCCAAUUCUGAAGAUGCAUUUGCAAAAGUAAUGCCUAAGGAAUACAGUGGACGUGUUCGGCUAUAUGGAAGAGGUGUCACCAAUAAAGAUAUUGUGGAAAAGAAAGGUGAAAAAUCACACAACAUCCCAAAUAAUGCAUUACAAUCUUUGAGGGAAGAAAUGCAAAAGGAAAUGGAUGAAAAACUUGCAAUUGAAAGAGCAAAAAUGGCUGAAGAGUUUGAGGUUGAAAAAGCACGUAUGUCAGAAAAUGUACUAACAUUUGUGUUAAAACAGUUGCAAAGUACUAUUCCAGGAUUAAGCUUGGUUCCUCAAACAAUAUUAGCAUCUGCCAAUCUCAAGGAUACAUCAAACUGAUUCCAGAAGAAGUUGACAUACAUGUGCAAGGAUGGAUAUAUAUAUAUGGUGAUGAUUCUAGAAGAAGUUGACAUACAUGUGCAAGGAUGGAUAUAUAUAUAUAUAUAUAUAUAUAUAUAUAUAUAUAUAUAUAUAUAUAUAUAUAUAUACACAUAUAGUGAUGUUAUUUUGCUGAACCACUUGGUAUUAGACUUUAACUGGACAAAGUGGUUUUUGUAAUACCUUGAUUUGUCUAAUAUCUUGUUUGGUCAAGAUUCGUUCUUUACUUUUCCCACCUUUGAAUAUUUUUUCUUCCUAUUAUUGUAAGAUUCUAUUGAUAUUGUAAUGAUAUUUGGUUUGUGAAGUAUAAUAGCACAUGUGUAAUUA